GAUGCGCUCUGGCUGCUCACACCGUUACCAACCCUCUCACUCCCGAGUCAUACAUUGCUGUUGCGGUGACACAAUGACACCGUUAUCGGGGCUUUUCUUUGCGCUUAUUCUCCUCGUUGACUCGUCUGUAGCGGAUUCUGUUAAAGCGAUCGUAGGAGAUCAGCUUAAAGUUCCUGUGAACUGUGAGCCGGGUGAAUCGGUAACACUGCAGCGGGUGAUGCUUCAUGGUCCCCGGGAUGUCGCUACUGAUCAGAGCGGGCAGUGGAAGGUGAGCAGAAAGGAGGACAGAGGCCGGAUAGAGCUCGACUCUUACAUCGUUUUCACCCGCACGUUCUACACCGACGAAGGGACGUAUGAAGUGACCUGCUCCAAGUCUGGCACCAAGGAAACCAUCCAGGUGAAGGUAGUUUUGGCUAGUAAAGUGUCUGUGACCCGGGGUGAUACCGUGACCCUCCCGUGUUACGGUAGAACCAAAGAGGGAAAAGGCUUACCUGGUCGGUGGGAGAAAAACGGGAAACCUCUGUGUGUGAAAAACAGCUAUAAAGGAUGCAGCGGGACACCUGCUGACGGACUGACUGUGUCCACUGACUGGAUCACUAACGGAGAUCUGUCACUGACCAUUGAGGGGGUUCAGCCUGAGGAUGGCGGGGUUUAUUUCUGCUACAUCAAAGAUGGGGAAGAAUCUAAAUCUGGGACUCCAGCUGCUGUUAGACUGACGGUCACUGAGAAAAUGACUCAUCAGAUGAUCUCCAGCACAGCAGCACCUGGAAAUCAAACUCAGAGUUCCGCCGAACUCACUCGACCUUGGCAGAUCUCCACCUGGGUUCUCCUUGUGAUCCUUGUUGCUCUUCUUGUUCUUCUUCUAUGUUUGUGGCGCUCUGGCAAAAUACGCUGUGAUUCUGGAAAAGUCUACGAGGCGGUAAAUGGAAACUUCAACGCUUCCAACUCUGGCGAAGCUACAACAAUGAAUAAACUGGACGGUAGUGUCUCGUAUGUAGAGGUUUCUGUUUAAGUGAUCCAAGUUCACAUGAACUUAGUCAGGUGAUCUAAUCUGUACAUGACAACCAGCCGUGUGUUGAAGCUGUUAUUACCAUGUUGAAAUGUGUAAACCUUCAGUGCGGAGCUGAAAAAGUGGCAUUAAAUAGGUUAUGUUCAUCUAAACAUGACUGCGCCUAAAGCUGUCCUGUUGAGACUUCCUUUAGGGGAAAACGGUUUUCCACACUGGUGGUUAAAGGAGCCUGAUGAUAGAGGGGAUAACGACACUACAGAAAUAACGACACUACCACGAUGGCAAAAAAAAAAUAAAAAAUGCAACUGUUCCUUUUGCAAAGAGGUUGGCUGUGGAGAUGAGAAUUUAAAUGAAGACAUGGCGGGAACAUUUAGGGAGCGGUGAAGGGUAAAGGUCAUUUAAUGAGCUGAUGACAUUCCUGCUUGCAGCCCAGAGUAAACGUGCCUCAAGGCCUCAGAGAAGGCCUCACUUUCCGGUGACGUUUUUUUUUUUGGCUCCUGUUCGGUGCUUGGUGGGGGCGGAACGGGUUUGGCAGCUUUCACGAAAUCAGCUCAAAAACCGAUUCAAGGCAUCCGGAAUCUUGGACAAAAAUGCUUCUUUUAUCUCGUGUAAUUCUCUCUUUAUCAUUCCCGUCGGUAAUGCUGUCCUGCUCCAAAUGCAUUGUUUUUGUUUUGUUCGUUGUUUUUUUUUCCCCCCUUAUGUC